AUGAACAACCUUGCAUCUACGCUAGGCGAUCAAGGGAAACUGGAUGAAGCAGCAUUGAUGAGGAGGGAGGUUCUUGAGAAAAUGCAGCGGAUUCUUGGCGAUGAGCAUCCAGAUACCAUCUCGGCGAUGAACAACCUUGCACUUACGCUAGGCGAUCAAGGGAAACUGGAUGAAGCAGCAUUGAUGAUGAGGGAGGUUCUUGAGAAAAUGCAGCGGAUUCUUGGCGAUGAGCAUCCAGAUACCAUCUCGGCUAUGAACAACCUUGCAUCUAAGCUAGGCGAUCAAGGGAAACUGGAUGAAGCAGCAUUGAUGAUGAGGGAGGUUCUUGAGAAAAGGCAGCGGAUUCUUGGCGAUGAGCAUCCUUCUACAAUUCGGGCGGCAGGAUAUCUGCGUCUUAUUCGAUCUGCCCUCAAUACUGAGCCAUCCGAUACUUCGACAACAAAAAAACAACCGCUUCUCAAGAAGGUAACUGGGAAGUUGCGAAGGUUUCGAGAUUCGUUUCGAUUCCCCCAAUCGUAA